CGUGUACUGACAGCUCCCUCCAGCCGCCACACACAACAUGGCCGCCUGACAUUGGCAUCGAGACUGCGCAGUAUGCUAACUAAUCUGUGCGGAUUUCUAUCGGCGCUUCUAUUGGCCGAAAGGGGCUUCGGUCUUUUGAUUGGCCGGCACGGAAAAGACUAUGGAUUGGGCGACGCGCUGACCGGCUUCUUUCUGAUUGGCCGGUGUGUACAGUGUGGGGAAGAUGGCGGCCUCGUUGGUGCCUGCGUGUGGGAGGACGGGGCGGCUUCUCCUGUCUACACGGGCGCUGCUCGGAUGUCGGUUGCUGAGCUCCGGGCCCGGGGGUAGUCUGACCGGAACUGUACUGCAGGACAAACUGCGGAACCAACAGAAGGAGGGCUCCGAGGACCCCCAGGCUAAUGCAGACUCUGAGGAGCAGCAGCAAAAGCAGAAAGACAAUAAAGCAAGAGCCAAAAAGUUUCUUUUGAGGACAGCAGGAAUUUUUGGAGUCGUGGGAAGCGGUUUUAUUGUAUAUACCUUCGGUAGCAGUUCUGUGGAUGAGCAAGGUAACAAGAUACCUGAUGAGUUUGACAAUGACCCCCCAGUCGUACAGCAUUUUAGAAGAGCAUAUAAAUAUUUUAAGGAUUAUCGGCAGAUGAUCAUUGAACCCACAAGUCCGAAACUUCUUCCAGAUCCAUUAAAAGAACCAUAUUACCAGCCUCCCUACACACUAGUGCUCGAGCUGAAGAAUGUUCUGCUACACCCAGAGUGGUCGUUAGAAACCGGAUGGAGGUUUAAGAAGAGGGCCGGUAUUGACAACUUGCUCCAGCAACUUGCCCCUCUUUAUGAGAUUGUUAUAUUUACCGCUGAAACAGGCAUGACUGCAUUCCCUCUCAUUGACAGUAUGGACCCUCAUGGUUUUAUAUCAUACCGACUAUUCCGAGAUGCAACACGUUACGCAGAAGGCCAUCAUGUUAAAGACAUCUCAUGUCUGAACAGAGACCCAGCACGUGUUGUGAUCGUGGACUGUAACAGAAAUGCUUUUAAACUGCAGCCUUACAAUGGCCUGGCUAUAAAGAAAUGGGAUGGCGACUCUGAGGACCGAGCACUCUAUGAUCUUACUGCUUUCCUGAAGACCAUUGCAAUGAGUGGUGUCAGUGAUGUCCGUACUGUCCUAGAAAAUUACUCUUUAGAGGAAGAUCCUUUGGGCGCUUUUAAACGCAGACAGACUCAGUUGGAACAGGAGGAGCAGCAAAGACUUGCAGAGCUGUCACAGCUCAAUAAGAGACAGACUCUUUCAUUGGGAUCAAUUACUAGCCGGAUUUGGCCUCGCUCCAAACAGGAAUGA